GUGAAUAGCCCGAUUGCUCUGAUGCGUCGUGCCGUUUACAAGCCAUCACUAGCCACCUCUACGCCCCCGGAAGCGGUGUCGCCAAUGGCAACACCGGGGAGGGGUUGUAGGAUUGGGACAAAUAGCAUAAUGCUUGAGACCACCACACUUGUCAAUGUGGCACUUUAUCCUCUUUUAUCCUUUUGUAGAAUUAAUGUUUUUAACUCAUUUAUAAAGACAUUCAAAGUGAGUGAAUCUUCCUAUGUAGGACUAUUUCUCAUGCAUUUAUUAGCAUUUACUCACUUUCAUUAUCUUGUCAUUUUGGAACACUCAUUUGUAAUUAAUUUUCAAUAA